AUGGAAUGGAAAGCAGGUCCAAUGGGAUUUUUUCUUCCUUGGAUUCUUCUUUGCGGCAUGACAAGUCAAGCGAGUGCUUUUUCGACCCCGAUUGCUGCAGAAGACACGCCACGACCAGCUCAAUACUACGAUGAUUAUUUCAAAACCCUUCCAUCCAUGGAGGGAAUGACUGUUGCCAUUACAGGAUGCUCUCGUGGUCUUGGUUACGUGGCAGCUUCAACCGUUGUGAGAAAAGGAGGUCGCGUCCUUUUAUUGAAUCGAAAAACCAACGCUAUGGAAUGGUACGAUGAACUCUGUCAGGUUGCUGAUGCUGCCUCAGGACCAAAGCCAAUCCAUGUGGAAUGUGACUUGCUCAGCUUCGACAGUGUGAAUAGUGCCAGUCAAAAAGUUUCAGAGCUCACAGCAGAUAGUGGUGGUCUGGAUGUCCUAUGCUGCAAUGCUGGUAUAAUGCUCCAACCUGAUCAAGCCUCCAAGGAUGGAUACGACAUUACUGCAUCAACGAACAUGCUGUCGCACUUUUUGUUGGUCAAGAAUCUUUUCGGUCAGCUAUUAGUACAAGCCUCAUCGUCCGAAACAGCACGAGUGGUAAUCAUGUCGAGUGCUAGUGGAUAUGGGGAGCCUGCAUUCAAUCCAACAUUCUUUGAAAAGAAGGGCGGACAGCUUGGAGGACAAAAGGCGAGCUACGAACGGUAUCAUCAAUCAAAGUUGGCAAACUUGGCUUUCUGCUGUUCGUUACAAGAAAAGUUGGACAAUGCCAAGAUUUCAAACGUAAUUGCGCUUGCUUGUACGCCUGGAGUUUGUGGCACAGACAUGUUUCGUCAUGCGACAUCCCUAUUCAGCAAGGACGGAACACCAUUGCCACUUUCCAAUGUUCCCAAUGUAAAGGAUGGCUGCAUGGCCCAACUGAAGUGCAUCUUUGACCCGACCGUGCAGCCGGGAGAACUUUGGGGGCCUGGAAAAGAGGGAAGUCUGGUUCGCACCGAUAUGUCACCACCUACUGUUUUGAUAGACGAGGAAGCCAAGAAAGCCUUGUGGCAAGUAUGCGAAGAUGCCGUCGGCAAAUUUGAAAUUUGA